AUGUCCCACCGCAAGUUUGAGCGCCCUCGCCAUGGCUCCCUGGGCUUCCUCCCCAGGAAGCGAUGCAAGCGCCAUAGGGGAAAAGUAAAGGCCUUCCCCAAGGAUGACCCGUCCAAGCCCCCUCACCUCACGGCAUUCAUGGGCUACAAGGCGGGCAUGACCCACGUCGUCCGCGAGCUCGACAGACCCGGCUCCAAGCUCCACAAGAAGGAGAUCGUCGAGGCCGUCACUGUCGUUGACACUCCGCCCAUGGUGUGCGUCGGUGUCGUCGGUUACAUCGAGACCCCGCGCGGUCUGCGCGCGUUGGCUACCGUCUGGGCUGGGCACCUGUCUGACGAGUGCAGACGCCGAUUCUACAAGAACUGGUACAAGAGCAAGAAGAAGGCCUUCACCAAGUACGCCAAGCGCUACGGCGACAACAACAAGAUGGAGGCUGAACUCAACCGCAUGAAGAGCUACUGCUCGGUGAUUCGCGCGAUCUGCCACACCCAGCCUUCAAAGACCCCCAUCGGCUCCAAGAAGGCUCACGUCAUGGAAAUCCAGGUCAACGGUGGGUCCGUCGCCGACAAGGUUGAGUUCUGCACCAAGAUGUUCGAGACUGCUGUCCCCAUCAAGGCCGUCUUCACUGAGGGCGAGAUGGUCGACGUCAUUGGUGUCACCAAGGGUCAUGGAGUCAAAGGUGUCGUGUCUCGUUGGGGCGUGACCCGUCUGCCUCGCAAGACCCAUCGCGGUCUGCGCAAGAUUGCUUGCAUCGGAGCGUGGCAUCCGGCCCGCGUUCAGUUCCAGGUGCCGCGUCACGGUCAGAAGGGUUACUUCCACCGCACAGAGAUGAACAAGAAGAUCUACCGUGUGGGCAACGGCGCUGACCCGCGCAACGCCACCACCGAGUCGGAUCUCACAGAGAAGCGCAUCACGCCCAUGGGUGGCUUCCCUCACUACGGCUGCGUUAACAACGACUUCUUGCUUAUCAAGGGCUGCAUUGUCGGUUGCAAGAAGCGUCCCAUCACCUUCAGGAAGACGCUCGUGCCCCGCACGUCGCGCAGGGCUCUGGAGCCGGUCAACCUCAAGUUCAUCGAUACCUCCGCCAAGUGGGGCCAUGGGCGCUUCCAGACUUCCGAGGAGAAGGCGAAAUUCUAUGGGCCCCUCAAGAGUCGCGCGGCGGCGAUGUAA